GGGAGGGGGCCCGACGACAGUUGUCUUCUGCUGCUCUCCGGUGCUUUCGCUUCUCCGAGGGUCCAGUGUGUUUCGCCACCCGAGGAGAACCCGCGUGCUCCACGUAUAUCAGCGCGAAGCAAUUCGAGAGUGGAUCUAUUAAGGCAUCAACAUGGCCACCCAGAAGGCGAAAUUUGUGAACAAACAGUUCAAUUCUCCUAUCAAUCUGUAUUCGCCACAGGCGAUACAGGAGACUCUGGAUAGGCAGACUCAGGUUCUGGCUAACGGCGCAGUCGGGAUCGACUUCAGCCAUUUGGCCAAGCCAGCGAACUUGCAGAACAGCGCGGUUCUACGUAUGCUCGAAGAGGAAGAAGCGAGGCAGCGCGGUGGUCAACCCGGUCUCAAACGAGUAGCUUGGCCACCGCCUCCAGAGGAUCAAGACUUCGACUACGUGGAGCAAGCUCCCGUCCAAGCGAAGACCCGUGGGUACGGUGAAUUCGGCUCGUACCAGAGCAGCCCCUCGUCGGGUCCAUCACCCCAACCGCCCUCGACGGUCGCACGGUCGUCGACACAGAGCGCCGUCCCGUCGUCCCCGUCGCCGGUCAGUCCUGGCGGCACGCUCCUGCGACAGCCUUCGCACUUCCAACAGCAACAGACGAACCCCAGGGGCUGGGCGCCCGUGACACCCCCGGCUACCUCGCCGCUCUCCCAGCAGCAUCCCCCGUUUCCGAGCCUGCAACAGCAGCAGCAGCAGCAGCCGCAGUAUCAGCCGCAGCAGCAGCAACAGCAGCAGCAGACCCAGUCUUGGCAGCACCCCCAGGAUUCAUACGACCGGGCACCGCAGAGGCAGCAGCAGACACCAUCCGGCUAUUAUACAACCGCCCCUGUGGCGUACGAGGCACCACCCUCCACAAUCGUCCUCCGUCCUGAGCCGCCUAUCUCGCAGUCACCAGCGCCGGUGUACCAGGCCCAACCCGCGGCAACGAAAGCUCCGGCGACAGGCAAUAUGCGAGGGGACCUGAAGUGGCCGCCGGCGCCCAUCAAGGCCCAGGUCGCGGCGGAGAACCAGGCCAGGAUGGAACUCGCGAAGGGCCCGGCUUUCAGGCCCCGUCGAGUGCACAAGGACUAUAGCGGUUUCUUCGCGCAACACGCCCUGAACAGCACCUACCCGGGCUACCGAGCGCCGCCUGGCACCCAGUACUUCACCCCGGCUUAUCAUCAUUAGCGAAUAUUCCGUUUUUUUUUUUUUUUUUUUUUCGAGCGACGUAUUCGAACGACGCAUUCAGGCAUCGCCCUGAGUUUCUCUCAUUGACCGGGACGCUCAGGACGCUGUUUGCGGAUCCGCCGGGAUCCGCGAGGAGCCCAGAGAAACGCAUGAGAGACGAAUUUCUUCGCGUGAAUGGAAUCGAAGGAGGCUGUAAAAAAAAAUUCGUAUCGAUUCGGCAGAAUUUCGUCUUGCAACGCGAUUUCUAUUCUUCAUUUUUCUAGAGGGAGACCACGAAUCUGUGUCACGAAUUAUCGUGCAGUAGCUCUUUCAGAAUGUGGUCCAGGCAACUGACGAGAAAUUCACGUCAUGCGCUUCUCAGGUAUCUAGAGAGACUUCCGAUCUGGAUUUCGAGCUUCAACGAACCUGUGUAUACAGAGACUGAACGGUUACCUUUCAUCUUUGCAGGGUAGCGUAACUUAAUAACAAUUACCGAAAAUCCCGGUUUAUUUUACAGGCAUUCAUUCGGUUUAUUAUUCGAACAUCAUCGUUCAAAGAUUCCCACACUUGCAAACGUCACGUUCUCCUCUUUUUUAGUCUGCAAGAAAGUAGAUCUCUAGGUACAUUUACACUUGUAAUGAAACAGUAGGCUAGAAAUAUAAAAUUUAUUUUAUUUCCUUAAAAAUUUCAUCUUAUUUCUUCGCGCUUUUCCUCUAUCUAUAGGGAUUCUUGCUUGUAUGAGAACAUCCCCAGUUUGGGAAUUUCUGAUCUAGGAAUCUGAACUCAAAAUGUUGUGAUAGAAUUAACGCUGCGAACAGAUUUACAGGUUUACAAGACUAACACUUGCCAUACGAAUCACAAGAGUGGCGGAUCACAAGCAAUCGCUUGAGAGAGAAUAAUGGCGGCAGAUUGUACUCUUUACUCUGCGAAGGCCACGACAACAUGGAAAAAUAACGUCGAAUACAAACAAAAAAAUCCGCGAAAUGAAACGAUCGAGUAAUUACGGAAUACAUAAUAAUGUAUUCGGGGAGAGAGUGAUGUAUCGAAUCACUGAGAGGCGACGAAUUUCGAUAAUGCGACUUGGCGACGGUCUGCCCGUUACAACUAACCGACGAAUAAUUUUUAAUAAUGUAACAUAUCGAUGUGAAUAAAUAAAUAAAUAUUACAAUUUA